UCGGGCUGCUCCGACAAAAGGAAGGAAGAAACUGCAACGACUCGUCCACUCGUUGGCACAUUGAAUGUACCGCCAUGGCCACUACUUUCUUGAUUCCAUAUACCACCGCCGAGAGUGCUUGAAACGGACAUAUGCCAUGCAGGAGUCCUCUUCUACACGCCAUGCCAAUAUCUGCGGCGACUUCGGCUUCAAGUGACUACUACAGCUGUUUCCGAGACAUCGUAUUGUCAAACUCUAGGCAAAGGCAAACAUUGUCUUCUUUCUUUCUUGCGGUCGACGUGACAUUUUCCCAUCCCAGGCUAGUCAUGUUGUUGGUAGUCAGAGCACAUAAUUACAUAGUAUGUAUUGCUCAUAAGCGGGGGCAAAAGCUAGCGAAUUGACCUCGCAUGAGAAGGUGGUUUCGGGCCCCCUUCC